AUGUCAUCAAAUGUGGGUGGUGAUGAUGUGAUCAGCAAUUUAGCUGACCCUGUCAUCUGCCAUAUUCUUUCUUUUCUCUUAAUCAAACAGGCCGCUGCCAGUAGCAUCCUUUCAAAGAGGUGGAUACAUCUAUGGCGCUCUGUUCCUGUUAUCAACUUCAAGGGCGAAGAGUCAAUUGAAUUGGGUGACGAAGAAGUCUUUAAUGAUGUUGUGUAUUCUAUUUUACUCUCCCGAGGUUCUAAUUCCAUCGAGAGUUUCAGCCUCAAGAUUCAUUAUGGCAAUCAUGAUCUUGGAAAUCUCGGCUUUCCUAGUGUCCUCUUAUGGAUCAAUUAUGUUGUACAACACAAUGUUGAGUCCAUUGAUAUACAUGUGGACAUAGAGAAUAAUUUUUUCCCAAAUUGCCUAUACAACACAAUGUUGAGUCCAUUGAUAUACAUGUGGACAUAG